AUGUUCACAGGUCUAAUUGAGCACCUCGGGACGGUCGCAUCUAUCGAGCACGAUGGUGGAGGAUGCAUGCUCGCCGUUGCAGACGCAUCGCCUAUCCUGGGAGACUGCCAUGUCGGCGACUCCAUCGCGGUGAACGGCGCAUGCCUCACCGUGACGGCGUUCGACGCACAGGCGCGCGGCGGGUGGUUCACGGUAUGGCUCGCGAACGAGACGCUAGAGCGGACGGAUCUCGGCGAGCGGAAGGUGGGUGAUCAGGUUAAUUUAGAGCGCGCGAUGGGCGCGCAUGUGCGGUUUGGAGGGCAUUUCGUGCAGGCGCAUGUGGAUGGCACAGCAACACUGGUUGACCGUACGCCUGACGGCGACUCGCUGCGCCUGCUGUUUCAACUUCCCGAGCCGACAUCGUCGCGGCCAUCCUUACUUCCUUACCUUAUACCGAAGGGCUAUGUCGCGAUUGAUGGCGCGUCGCUCACGCUGACAAUGGUCGACGACGUGCAGCGCACCUUCGGCGUCAUGCUCAUCAAGCACACACAGGAGAAGAUCACGCUGAGCAAGAAGGCGCUCGGUGCGAAGGUAAACAUCGAGGUGGACAUGCUGGGCAAGUUCGUGGAGAAGAGUGUGCAGGCUGCGUUAUCGGGCGGAGGCACUUCAAAUUUGCGAGCGAUGGUGGAGAAGGUUGUAGAGGAUGUCCUCGUCAAAAAGGGAGUUGUAUGA